AUGGCAAUAAAUGUAUCUUUCAAAGUUACGGGGGGUAAAGAAUUUACUGUAGCCAUUGAACCAGAUAUUACAGUAUUGGAUUUAAAAAAAAUCUGCGCUGAACAUGUAGAUAUACCUGUUGAAGCACAAAGGAUAAUUUUUAAAGGCAAAAUAUUGAAGGAUAAAGAAUCUUUGACAGUAUAUGGUGUAGCUGAUGGAAAUACUAUGCAUUUAGUUAGAAGUGCUAUGGCAACGAAAGAUGUAGCACAAGAAGAAAAAGAAAGCAACAAGAAUGAAAAUGUAAACAAUAAUGAUCAAAGCAGACCAUCUAAUGAAAAUAACAAUGAAAUGGGAGACAAUCCAUUAGUACAAAUGUUAAUGCAAAGCGGCGCUGGAGAUAUGGGAAAUUUUAACUCUGGUUUGGGAGGUGCAGAUAAUUUUAACCUAGGAAAUUUUGCAAACAUGUUAAAUGCCAAUGGAGCAGGAGAUUUUAAUCGCGAUACAAUCAGCUCUUUGUUGAAUAACCCACUUGCUAGAUCCGUUUUAAAUGAAUUAAGUAACAACCCUGAAAUGUUAACAAAUUUAGUAUCUAAUAAUCCAAUAUUAAGAAAUACAUUUUCUCAAAGUCCACUUAUGCAACCAGUUUUAGAAAACCCUAAUUUAUUAAGAGAAUUUAUGAGACCAGAAAUAUUACAGGCUGGGUUACAAAUAGAAAAUGCUCUUAACAUGAACAAUAAUAAUAAUAACAAUAGUAACAGACCAGGAAGUGGAUUUCGAAUGGAAGAUAUAUUAAAUAAUUUAAAUAACUUAAAUAAUUUAUCAAACACUAAUAAUACGACCGAUAAUAAUAAUAACAAUAAUAAUAAUGCUAAUCCAGGUAAUAACUUGAAUUCAUUUCUCCAAUCACCAGAAUUAUUACAAGCAUUUCAACAAGUUAUGAGAUCUAAUAGAAAUUUAGGAAAUUUCAAUUUUCCAAAUGCUAAUAUGAAUCUAGAUUUUAAUACUACAAAUGUAACAGAUAAUCGUCCACCUGAAGAAAGAUACGCAUCCCAAUUGUCAAGUUUACAAGAAAUGGGAUUUCUUGAUAAUGCUGCAAAUAUUCAAGCAUUACAAGAAACAGGUGGAGAUGUAAAUUCAGCUGUAACACGUUUAUUAGAAAGAGGUUUUAAUUAA